AUGGACAAGGGCACACUACACAUACUACAAAAUGCUCCUGAGGGGCUGCAACACCGGAUCUUGGAAUGGUUGAGGCUGGACAAGAACGAGGAGACAAGGCGCGAGGUCUUGGAUCUUUGCCAGAGACAGGACUGGUCGGAGCUGAAUAGCAGGUUCAGCCAGCGGAUAUUGUUUGGGACUGCUGGGCUGCGCUCUCGGAUGGAGGCCGGUACAAACAGGCUGAACUCAUUGGUAAUACUGCAGGCCACACAGGGCCUUGCUCGGUACAUAGCCAGCCAGUUUCCAAAGAAUAAAGUGGCUGUAGUUGGACACGAUCACAGAUUCCACUCGAAGGAGUUUGCUACCGUCACUGCAGCUGUGUUUCUAAGAGCCGGCUUCAAAGUUCUGUAUUUGAAUCCAGGAGACACUUUGGUUCACACUCCUUUAGUUCCCUUUACAGUGGACCAUUUGAACGCAUCGGUCGGAGUUAUGAUCACGGCAAGCCAUAAUCCCAAGAUGGAUAACGGGUACAAAGUGUACUUUGCCAAUGGUUGCCAAAUCAUUCCACCCCAUGACCUCAAUAUUGCUCGCUCAAUUGACCAGAACUUGGAACCUUGGGAACCGAGUUGGGAUUGGCCAACUGUGAUCCAGGCAGCGGAGAAGGAAGACAGAAUUGUGUACGUUAAGGAUCAGAUGACACAAUUGUACACAAAAACGGCUGAGUUGCAGCUAAUUGGGGGUAGGAAAGUUUUGAGGAACCCCGGUAGCGGUCCUUGGUUUGUGUACACUCCCAUGCACGGCGUAGGGUCUGAAAUAUUUAGUAGAAUCUCUGAAGAUGUGCUGGGUAUUAAGGAAAACGAGGAUUAUCUCUGUGUUCCGGAACAGAAACACCCAGAUCCAAGCUUUCCAACAGUUAGCUUCCCGAACCCGGAGGAGAAGGGCGCCCUGGACAAGGCUAUUGAACUGGCUUCGCAAAAUGGUAUUAACUUGGUUAUCGCGAAUGAUCCGGAUGCGGACAGGUUUUCCUUGGCUGUAUUUGACUCAAAGACGGCGAAUUGGAGACAACUAACUGGGAAUGAGAUUGGAUUUUUAUUUGCUUACCAGCAAUUUGAGAUGUAUAAAGCAAUGGACGAUAUCUUCCAAAAAGAACACCCACUAGUCCUUUUAAACUCUACCGUGUCAUCACAGAUGAUUAAAAAAAUGGCGGAAGUUGAAGGGUUUCACUAUGAGGACACUUUGACAGGCUUCAAAUGGAUUGGGAACCGUGCUAGAGAUCUUGAAAAGAAAGGAUUCUUUGCUCCUUUUGGUUACGAGGAAGCGAUAGGAUAUAUGUUUACCCAAAUGGAACACGAUAAGGACGGGAUCAGUGCAUCUCUGAUGUUUUUACUAUCGUACUACCAUUGGGUGUACGACGCACACAAAUUUCCAUUGGACAUUCUUGAAGAUGGGUAUAAAAAGUACGGAGUCUUCAAGGAGUAUAAUGGGUAUUACAUUGUGGAUAACCCAAAGAUCAUGAAAGAAACAUUCGACUACAUUAGAAACGAUCGCAAACCGGGCACACAAUACCCGGAAGCUAUUGGCUCCGAGUUCCAAGUAGUAUCGUUCAGAGAUCUGACCUUGGGGUUCCAGUCUGACACAUCUGAUCAUAUCCCCACACUGCCAGUAGAUCCCAACUCACAAAUGAUAACAGUUUGUGCGAAACCUACUCACGAUAACGUAGAGAGGGAUCACGUUAGAUUUACUAUUAGGGGAUCUGGUACUGAACCCAAAUUAAAAGUCUACAUAGAAGCAUGCUCAGGAAGUGAAACUGGUGCCCAACAACUGGCCAAACAAAUGUGGGACACUCUGCAAGAAGUCUGGUUUAGACCUCAAACCACGGGCCUAGUCACCGAUUUUUAA